UGCGCCUGCGCCGCCUUUGCCCUCCCGCGGUGGAACCACUCGGCCAGUCUUGCUCGAAUCGUCGACCGGCUCGCGCGUGUCGUUCGCUUACUUGAUCUACACCUUGUUUACAAAUAGAAGGCAGUGUGAUUCGCAAACAGGAUAAGCGUGACAGGUAAACACGCCAAACCUGCCAGGGGACUCGCCGCAUAACAAUUACAUCAGCUUCUUGUGUCACACAAAAUGGAAAGCUGGUUGGAUGAUGUUAAGCGCGUGCGCAUCCCGCGGCCAAAGUUCGGGACGAAGUACCCGGCGGAGCCGCCCAAGGACUACCUGGAGGACUGCGGGGGCGAGCUGGGGGGCAAGCAGAGGCACCACGACAGGAAGGAUCUCACUAAAGCCACCGAGGAACUGCGCCGGACGCUGCAGGAAAAGCUAUGACCUUCGAUCGACCGCGCGGGUUUAUGAUAGCAUUAGAUGUAAUCGACUUCACACGUGACCGCCUGCCUCAAUGUAUCCUCUGACGGAUCCCAGCACAAUAAGAGGCCGUAGAAAUAGUGAUAAAAUAUAACGAUUUGGUGGUUAACCAUUGAUAUUUUCCAGUUCUGCGCGUUUAGCAGCAUAUAUUACAGAAAUAUGACAUUUCGAAGAAUCAUAAGCAAUUUUCGAAGAUUUUAAAUAUUAUGGUAGACCGCAGUCUUGUGUCAUAAAUCAAAAAAUGUUUUUUUUUGUCCAUUACACUAACAGUGCCCUAUGUGUCUUUAUGAAUUUUAUGAUAUUGACCUAACUUAGUAUACUUAACUGCUUAAGUUUGUUAGUAUCUUUUAAAAAUCGUAGUUAUAUGCACCUGUGCGAGUUUUUGAAACGACUAUGUAAGAAGACCAGUAAAUUUUUCGGCCACAUACCUAUAGUUAUGAAUAGGUAAUUUUAUUUAGACUGAUAAUAUAGUUAUAGAAAACGAAUCUCCGAAUGUAUUAAAAUUAUAUUAGUUAUUAUUUAAUAUAAGAUAAAACGGA